AUGAUCAGAUUGAAGCCGCAUAAUAAUUUGAUUCAUGGUGUAGUCGAAAUUUUUAAGAAGUACGUGCUGAACAGGACUUAUCUAUGUUUUCUGAUAUUUCCGAUAGUCCUUAUGGCGACCUUUGCGAAUAUCUUGUACGACUACGUGCCAUCUGUCAUAAUCCCCAGAAUAGCAGAGCAUAUAAAAGCAAAUGAUCUUAGCCUUCACAUGAACUUGGUCUAUGGAUUCUUCUUCUACGGGGUACUUGCCACGAUCUUUGAAUAUUUCCCUAUAUUUGUGAUGGCUUUGAUAAUACAAGAUAUAUACAGAGAUUGCUAUAGGGAUGUUUUCAUAGAAUACAUGUCACUGGAAUAUAAUACAUUCCAUAGCAUUUCGCCAGGAGACAUGGAAAGCAGAAUAUAUAGAAAAUGUAAAGCUGUUGGAGAGGCUGUAGAUGUUGUCAUUCCUACGCUGAUGAACUCAACUAUAUUCGUUUUGGUUGCUAUGAUUGACAUAUAUAGAAGCUUUGGACCUAUAGUAUCCUUGAUGUUUUUUGUGAUACCUGUGUCUUACAUUUCCAUAACCGUUUUCCUAACAUCAAGGAGGAACCGCAUCAGAGGGAAAUACAAUGCUGCGAAAGACAAGUCUACAAAGAAACUCGGCGAUAUUUUGAACAAUUAUGAAGUUGUGAAGUCCUUUGGCCUUGAAGAAAGAGAAUCCGAAAAGUUUCAUGCUUCCCUAAUAGAUCGUGUUUCAACAGGAACUGUCUACAGCUGCUCGGAAAACAUUAUCACGUUCCUACAAAAGCUCUCUUCGGCAAUCCCCCACAUUGGAAUCUUGUAUCUUUCUCUCAACACCAACAUCCUGACAUUUGACAAGGCCAUAAAACUGAAUAGUCUUCAUUUUAUUCUGAAAGAAAGACUGACGGAGUUCUCCAAGGAGUUUACAGAACUCUAUGAGUACUACUACGACUACUCAACCUCCACUUACGAAAAGGAGGAUGAUGAGGGCCAAGCCGACAUAAAGGAAUUCAAUCAAGAUAUAGAAGUCAGGGACAUAGGAAUUAAAAGGGGGAACAACAUCAUUUUGAGGGGAGUUAACUUCACUCUGCGUAAGGGAGAGAAGCUGGCCAUUGCAGGCCCAAACGGAGCUGGAAAGUCUACCUUUAUUAAUUCACUCCUGAGGUUCUUGGAUUAUUCGGGCGAAAUUUUCAUUGAUGGAGUCGAGAUGCGCAAGUACACAAGAAGAUCUAUAAGGCACAUAAUAGCAUAUGUACCCCAAGACAACUGCAUCCUUGAUGACACGGUUCUCAAGAAUCUUCAAUACGGAAAUAAGGACAUCUCUUUUGAAAAGAUAAAAGAGAUAUGUAAGAGGUAUGGAACCCAUGAAGUAUUCAGUAGCCUUGAAGGAGGAUAUUUAAAGGAAGCAGGACAACAGGGAUGCGAAUUAAGUGUAGGCCAGAGGCAAUAUCUGAGCCUAAUGAGGGCCAUAAUCAAAGACUCUCCUAUUUUCAUUCUGGAUGAAGCUACUUCCGACGUUGAUUACAAAACAGAGACAGAGCUCAUUGAUUAUGUUAUGUCUGUUCUCUCUGACAGAACAAUAAUAAUGAUAGUCCAUAACCAUUCCUUACUUAGCAAGUUUGACAACAUCCUCUUCUUAAAGGACAAGACGAUGAAAGGGUAUGGUAAUAUCAAGGAGCUGCUGAAGUCGUCUAAGGAUUUCAUUGAUUUCUAUCUUGAAGAAGACCCCGUUUCCGACACUGGAAUUCAACCUUAG